GGAAGUUUCGCGGGCCGGUCCCCUGGCCUGCUGCGCGAAGGCGAAAGCGCCGAAAGACCGAGUUUCCCGGGCGGCACCUCACGGAAGGCGGCGUCCGUGGAGCCGAGCGCGGCCUGGAGUGCGCGGGCGGCGAUGCCCCGUGAAUUUGAACUCCGGCGCCUCCGGCCCACGGGGCGCCGGGCCUCAGUCCCAACCCCUCCCGACUCGAGUCAGGAGGGCUCCUCUGACCCAGCCCUCGUGGGGACAUCCGAGUGCGUCAAAACCCUCUGCAGCGCGGGGAACGCGAGCCCGUCACAUGUACCUGGAGCGCCGCGCAGCGAACGGGGCCGGCGUUCCCGCGUGGGAUGUGGCCGAAUGCCGGGUCGAACGCUUGUCUCAAAACUUUGGGCCAUUCUGUCCUGUGCGAGACCCCCGCUGAGCGUCUACGGGGUCCCGUAUAAACCAGCCACGGGGCCUUGUAAAUGACUCGAAUACAGUGUCGUAAGUUCCCGGAUAGGGCUUGUCCUAGGCUCUGUGCUAGUGCAGGGAGCUUUAUAUACCCUGCUGGGAGCUGCGAGAGGACAGGGAAGAUUUUAGGACCGACCUGAGUCUUAGCUCGCUUGUCUGAAGACGGCAGAGUGGUGUUCUGUUUAUCAUAUAGGUGGUGUGCUAUGUCCUGCAGCUAUGGAAUGUAUAAGAUGCAGGGUCCUAGAAUCUUGGAACUGAUUCUAGCAGAGGAAACAGCGACUUAACAUAGCUUCCCAAACCUUUUUGAACAGAUAGUCACCAUGUUCAGAUAUUAGCAAAUACAUACAUGUAUGUCUGCAUUUGAAAAUGGCAGAGGGAAACAACAAUGAAGAGGUAAUUCACUUAAACAACUUUCACUGCCACCGGGGACAAGACUGGAUCAAUCUCAGAGAUGGACCCAUCACCAUAUCAGACUCCUCUGAUGAGGAAGGGGUUCCCAUGCUGGUCACCCCAGCUCCUCAGCAGCAUGAUGAAGAAGAGGACCUGGAUGACGAUGUCAUCUUGACGGAAACAAAUAAACCUCAGACAUCACGACCCAAUCUCAUCAAACCAGCUGCCCAGUGGCAAGAUCUCAAAAGAUUGGGAGAAGAAAGGCCUAAAAAGUCUAGAGCAGCCUUUGAAUCAGAUAAGAACGGCUAUUUUUCAGUGUAUAACAGCUCAUUGUUUGGUUCUGGGGCACAGGAUGAUUCUGAGGAUGAAUACGGUGAAUUUCUGGAUCUUGGGCCUCCUGGAGUUUCUGAAUUCAUUAAGUCAAGUGGCCAAACAGAAAGAGAACCCAAACCUGGACCAAGUCAUAACCAAGCAGCAAAUGACAUUGUCAACCCCAGAUCAGAGCAGAAAAUCGUUAUCUUGGAAGAACGUGGCCUUCUUUUACCAGAAGGCGAUCCUUUGGACUCUCAGAACCAGUCAUCUGAUUCAGAGACAGAGCUUUUAUCAAACCUUGGAGAAUCACCUGGCAUCCUGGAUGAUCAGGUUAUUGAAGAAGGCUGCUGGUUAGACCAUCGUUACUUCCAGUCCCUAAACCAGCAGCCCCGGGAGAUAACAAGCCAGGUGGUUCCCCAGGAGCGGCCGCCCAAAGCAGAACCGGGCCCAUUGUUGUAUCGGCGUAAACCCCCAGGGCUGGCUUUUCCAAGGCCAGCUUUUCCAAGACCAGAACCCCAACAGGAUGGGAUUCCGGGCCCCUCUUCUCCGCAGCCUGCCCAUCCUCUAGGAGAGCUUGAAGACCAACAGCUAGCAAUAGAUGAUGAGGAGCCCGGGCCAGCCUUUCCACUACAAGGAUCUCAGGAGCCCAAUUUGGAAAACCUUUGGGGGCAAGAAGCUGCUGAGGUAGAUCAAGAACUCGUUGCACUUUUAGUGAAAGAAACAGAAGCAAGAUUUCCAGAUGUUGCAAAUGGGUAUAUUGAGGAGAUAAUUCAUUUGAAGAAUUAUUAUGAUUUGAAUGUACUUUGUAAUUUUCUUCUGGAAAAUCCAGAUUAUCCAAAGAGAGAAGACAGAGUCCUUAUCAACCCCAGUAGCAGCCUGCUUGCCAGCCAAGACGAGACCAAGUUGCCUCAAAUAGACUUUUUUGACUAUUCUAAAUUGGCUCCUCUUGACCAACGCUGCUUCAUCCAAGCUGCUGACCUCCUGAUGGCCGACUUCAAAAUGCUCAGCAGUCAGGACAUCAAGUGGGCCCUGCACGAGCUCAAAGGACAUUAUGCAAUUACCCGAAAGGCCUUUUCUGAUGCCAUUAAAAAAUGGCAGGAGCUAUCACCAGAAACCAGUGGAAAGAGAAAAAAGAGAAAAGAAAUGAAUCAGUAUUCCUACAUAGAUUUCAAGUUUGAACAAGGUGACAUAAAAAUAGAAAAGAGAAUGUUCUUUCUGGAAAAUAAACGGCGACAUUGUAGGUCCUACGACCGGCGUGCCCUUCUUCCAGCUGUGCAGCAAGAGCAGGAGUUCUACGAGCAGAAAAUCAAGGAAAUGGCAGAGCAUGAAGACUUUCUGCUUGCUCUGCAGAUGAAUGAAGAACAGUAUCAAAAGGACGGUCAGCUGAUCGAGUGUCGCUGCUGCUAUGGGGAGUUUCCGUUCGAGGAGCUGACGCAGUGUGCGGAUGCGCACUUGUUCUGCAAGGAAUGUCUCAUCAGAUACGCCCAAGAGGCCGUCUUUGGAUCUGGGAAGUCAGAGCUCAGCUGCAUGGAGGGCAGUUGCACGUGCUCAUUCCCAGCCAGUGAACUGGAGAAGGUGCUUCCCCAGACCAUCCUGUACAAAUACUAUGAGCGGAAAGCAGAGGAAGAAGUGGCUGCCGCGUACGCUGAUGAGCUUGUCAGGUGCCCCUCCUGCAGCUUUCCCGCCCUGCUGGACAGCGACGUGAAGCGGUUCAGCUGCCCCAAUCCUCGCUGCCGAAAGGAAACCUGUAGGAAGUGUCAGGGACUCUGGAAGGAGCACAAUGGCCUCACCUGUGAAGAGCUGGCUGAGAAGGAUGACAUCAAGUACCGCACAUCCAUUGAGGAAAAAAUGACAGCAGCCCGCAUCAGAAAAUGCCACAAGUGUGGGACCGGCCUCAUCAAAUCCGAAGGCUGCAACCGCAUGUCUUGCCGCUGUGGCGCCCAAAUGUGCUACCUCUGUCGAGCAUCCAUCAGCGGAUAUGACCAUUUCUGCCAGCACCCUCGCUCACCGGGAGCCCCGUGCCAGGAGUGCUCGAGAUGCUCACUCUGGACGGACCCCACCGAAGACGACGAGAAGCUAAUUGAGGAGAUCCAGAAGGAGGCUGAAGAAGAGCAGAAGAGAAAGACUGGAGAGAACACCUUCAAACGCAUCGGGCCCCCCAUGGAGAAGCCUCCUGAGAAAGUCCAGCGGAUCGAAGCCCUGCGGAGGCCCGUCCCGCAGAACCUGCACCCGCCCCAGAUCCCCUACGCCUUCGUGCAGCCACAGUUCCCCCUGCCGCCUGUCCGGCCCGUGUUCAACAACUUCCCCCUCAACAUGGGCCCCGUCCCGGCGCCCUACGUGCCCCCCCUGCCCAACGUGCGUGUCAACUACGACUUUGCGCCCGUCCACGUGCCCCUGGAGCACAACCUGCCCAUGCACUUCGGCCCCCAGCCUCGGCGCCGCUUCUGACCACCCAUGGCCUUGUCUCCUCCAGGGAGCCCGCCACACUCCUGAGGCCACACCUUUCAAAGAGGCACGAUGGACUGGGCUCCCAGAAAGACGGGCUCGGUUUUUUUCCUGCUCCUUCCUGGGAAGGGCCACUGCCCUUGGGAGAGUGGUCAGCACGCCAGUGCCCUUGGGCACCCAUAACAGGUUCAGUCUGGCACUUGCUGGGCCGAAGAGAAGGGGGCAGUAAACCUCCCCGGGGUGUUCCACCGCCCUAGCAGCCAGUGCAGGGACCCUUCCUCCUGGGCAGCCCAUCUCUGCAGUUGGUCCUGUCUCUGCAGGGACACCCCAUCCCCAGCUGACUACAGAAGUCUCUCAACCACCGAGGCCUUUCUGACCACGGUGCAGCCUGAAGUGCCAUAAAGCUGACACCACAGCUCCUGCAGUCUGGAAAGAGGCCUCUUCCGCCCCACUGCCCCGAUCCCGCAGCCCGCCCGGAGAGAGGUGCUCCCUGCUGCUCCACACCGCCUGGUCCCGUCAGCGGUGCAGAGCCACGUCCCCAGGCCUGGGAGCACCCCUCAGGGUGGGGAGGCUGCGGGCUUUGUCCCCCAAAUCCAGAAGCCCAAGCCACCACCGCCAUGACUGUUCGGCGGUCUCUCUCCUUGUCUUUGGCCCGCUCAGUUGAGACCAGAGAGCUGUCUCGUGCUGUCUGUUCUGUUUUGUAGUUUAAAAUAUUUGCCAUUUACUCACUUUGAACUUACUGGAUUUUCUGUGGCCUACUAGAGUUUCUCUCGCUCAGUCUCUGGGAAGUCCGGUCUGUUACCCACGCCAGGCGGCCAGUGAGGGCGGGACGCUCCUGACACGCAGACAGAACAUCUUCAUGAAGCAGCUCUGACAAGCUUGGUAGCUUUCCCAGGCGGCCCAGCUGUUGGGGAGCGUCCUUCGCCACCAGUCUGGCAGCGAGCACCAUCUCCCCUGAGGUCUUGUGGUGGCAGUGGGUUUCUGCAGGGGGACAGGUGACUCAGGCUGCACCGGCACCCAUCCGCAGGGGGCCCUGCCUGCUCACCGCUGGGCCCUUCCCACCCAAGAGAGACCCCUGUGGGGGGCAGCUCCGCCUGGCUCCCCAAGGCUGGUCUCUGUCGCUCGCUCUCUAUCUCUGAUGGAUCCAGGGCCCCCAGCCUGUAUGCACAGACCUUAGAAAGCAGGGUGAGCCUAAUGGCUGGCCCCAGGGCCAUGCAUCAUGCACAGCCAUCCACUGCCAUCGGUGUCUCCUGUUUUUCAGGGGUUAAAAUGGAGAGAAGUCUAAGUUGCCCAUCCUUCCUCCAGGUGAGAGCUGUGCAGAGCAUCGUGGGUGCAGGGUGGGGUGCACGAGCAGGGGUCUGCACCGCCAAGGGCCCCUCGUGCCGGGCUGCCUGCACCUUGCUGGCACCCUGAAUGACAGUGCCUUGGGGGAGAGCGCCCCACCGAGGGUGAUGGGUGACAGGAUUGAAGUCCCUUAAAAACAUAUUCCCUGUGCUUCCCCAAGGGAGGGUCUCAGAGCAGUGAGCUUCCUGCAGACAUCCCACCACAUGGGGAGGGUGGCCCCAAGACACCAGAACAUUCUAGGCCCCCUGAGCCCAUUCAUCCAAGGAGGGAACAAACCAGCCCCCUCUGCCCUGUAGCCCAAGGAAAGGGGUUCUGGGCAGCUAAAAGGACAGGCCUCGGUGGGUGGCCCGCACCUGCCCCUGCGCUUCACGAGUCCACCGGAACCGGGCUUGCGAGAUUGUGGCCCAGAGAGAGAGACCAGAUCAACUGGUUACUCCCAAGGCCAAACAGGACUUUCCUUAGAGAUGAAGUCUUACUGUUUGUCACCAUGUGCACCUGUUAGGAAGCCAUUCCUGCCUUUCUGAGCAGAGGGCACAUGGUUUCUAAGGUCCUUCCUCGAGCUGGACUAUGGAGUGGCUCCCUGUCUGCAGGGGCCCAAUUGCCAUUUGGGGGAAGGUCGUUGCCAGGAGUUCUGACACAAGCGUGAGUCCCCACCUGGCUGCGAAGUGCCCCUCUGGGUGCCUGUGUCCCAGAGGACCCCAGGCUUCCUGAGAAGCAUCUGCGCUGGUGACGGCUUGGGGGAAGGUGGGCCCUCCUGACAGGCUAGCAGGUGACGGCAAGGUGUGAUGACAGAGGACCCCUGGAGACCAGCCGGCCUCGGGGACAAGCAGGAGUCCCAGAGGCAGCCUGGUACCUUCCCCUCUCUGGGCCACAGCGUUUGCUCCCCCAAAUGAGAGACUACCCGGCGACAGUCCCGUUCUACUUGCCUUAAACUGGAGAGAGGAAUCUAGUAUUUGCACUUAGCAAAAGAUUUUAAAACUUAAAAAAAAGAAAGUGCAUGACCUGUCACUUUGUAUAAAAAUAGCAAAAAUUAUUAGUUUAUUAAAUUUUUUUCUUUACCUUCCAGUAGUAAAAACACAUAAAAAGAAUUCUGUUUAAACUACUGUGUGUAAAAAGCUUGUACCAUAUGUAACUUGGACUUUUUGUAAAUAAACGUUUGUGCAUUAU